AUCUGUUUCUGGACACAGCACUAAAACAAGCAGCAGCCUUCGAGGUAGAUGUGAAAAAAAACGGUCUACUAGGAGAAAAUCGUGGAUAGGGAUGAGGUUUGGGGGCGUUUCUGUUGGCUUUAAGGAGGAACUUCACACUGAGUCUGAUUAAGGUCAUUUCUCUUCGCCGUGAUCUGUCCAGCAGGGGGGCAGCGUGCCUCACUUUUCUGAAUUGCGCUUUUAGUCCGCUACUUCAUAUGUUGUGCUUCAGUGAAAGCGAUGACCAUCGGGACAGAGACUUUACAAAUGUGUUCCUCGUGAAUGGGAGUUGCAGACUGAACUGGCGACUGAGGAUCCCGUUGCAAUUGCGUCGCCAAGAGUCCGGAGGCUGAGGUUUGUGUGUGUGUGUGGACAUUUCUGGGAAAGCCUCCAAAGUUGAGUUUUACCAAGAGAACCCGGGAAGAAACACAAAGUACAGACUCGGCAACAGGUCUCUUGCAUUUUGUCGGAGCCCAGAAGAUCGUCUCACUGGAGGAAGGAAAUAAACAAUGCCCGAGGAUUGUGUGCACAGAGUUAUGGGGAUGUAAACGUUAGACUCUGGAGAUGUGACGUGGUCCAAAACUUUUCGACGAAAUACUUCUUUUUUUCUCGGGGCUGAGGAAUUAUCACAAACUCUUGGAUGUUUGUAUAACAGAGAUUAUCUUUGCUGCUGACCAGCUCGGAGUAUACUUGAAAACGGAAGUUCUGGAUAUAACUCUUUUACGCACAACAAACUCUUCUUUUUUUCUCCUUGACUGUCAAAUAAAGAGCAGACAGUGAAGAGGCAUGCUCUGAAAUAAAUCACUGGUAGACUAGUACGUGUCCUCCCUGCACACUCUAUGUCUUCAUCUGGAAUUAAUUGAUUAACAACCCCCAAUGGACUAAAGACGCGCCGGGUUCGCGGCUCCAUCACUGGAUCUCUAUCUUUCCCUCAGUGUGUUUACUUUAUCUGACACCUCGCCAGAAUGCAGAGGGCUUUUGUGCUCGGUAUAGCUCUGAUAUAUCUGCUUACCUGGACAGGUGAAGCCGACAAACAGACUCACCUCAAACGGGUGCAAUUGCACAGACGCGCGAGACACGGACGUGUCCACGUUGGCGCAGCGGACAGAGAGCGCUUCGUUGGUCGUGUGCGACCCGGGUUUGGUUCUGCAAUUUCGGUGCACAGCACCAUAAAGGGGGGAGAUGUGCAGGCUGACGAGGGUGUUCCAGUUUCCGCCAGGACAGGGACUGUGCGGGGAAGGAGAGCAGAGGGUCUGGGUCUAGUGCCAAAAAGAGGGGUGGCAGGACAGAUAGGCUUGCCUCGUCAUUCGGACAUACUACAAGAUGAGGGCACCCCAGGAGCAAGAGCAAGAGUGGCCCGGAUGCCCAGCAGCGCUGGGUCACCAAAUCUGCUGGCCAGUUUCGCGGGAAAGAACCGCGUCCUGGUGAUCACGGCCCCCCACGACUCAGAUGGUUAUUACCGACUGAUGAUGUCGCUUCUGAAACCAGAUGUGUACUGCGAGCUCGCCGAGCGACAUGUCCACCAGAUUGUUAUGUUUCACCAGGAGGGAGAGAUGGGCGGCAAGGUGAGGAGGAUCACCACGGAGGGGAAGGUAAUGGAGGAGCCGUUGGACACAGCACUCAUUCCCAGACUCAUGAGCUUCCUCAAAAUGGAGAAAGGUAAAUUCGGGAUGGUGCUGCUGAAGAAAACCCUGCAGGUGGAAGAGAGGUACCCCUACCCCGUGAGGCUAGAGGCCAUGUAUGAAGUGAUCGACCAGUCACCAAUGAGGAAGGUGGAGAAGCUCAGACAGAAAGGUUUUGUCCAGAAGUGUAAAGGGGCAGGUGUGGAGGGUCAAGUGGAAGAGGGCACGCUCACAGUAGAUACACCAGCAGAAAGAAAACCAGGAAAGAAGAUCCUAAGAAAGCCCACAACAACAACCAUGGCUGUCACGACCACCACCACACCGACGACUACACGACCAACCACGACUACCACCACCGCCACAACAACUACAACCCGGCCCACCACUACCAGCACCACAACCAGAGCAACAACAACCACGACUAAAGCAACAACAACCACCAAACCCACCACUACCACCACCAGAAGAACCACCACAAAACGACCCACCACUACCACUGCCACUACCCAUAGACCGACCAGAGCCCACACCACCGCCCUGUGGCUCCCAGCCCCCAGAACCACUGCUGAUCCUUACUCUCACAACCGCAGAGAGAGGGAGAGGUACCCAGCUAAAACUACCCCGGCUGGAGAUAACCGCACUGACAAGGACAGAGAUCCACACAGCCGCAAGCUCGUACCACCCAUACACAAACCCACCAGGAUCAAACCCACCAGGAAGAAGAACGGGGGAGAGAAGGUGCUGACUAAUGAGUAUGAGGACAGGUAUGAACCCAGCAAGCCAACAGUAAGUGAUCCUGAGGAGACAGAAACCUUUACAGAGACCAGUCCCACCAAGAGCAAGGGCAAGCAUGAUAAGCUUGACAAGAAGAAGAAAAAGAAUGACAAGGCUGCCAAGAAAGCAGAGAGGAGAGGAGGAAAGGCUGGGAAAGAGGGCAAGAUCGGGGGAAAGAAAAAUGGAAAGAGACUGUUGAAGUACCCUGAGAAAGAGGACUACCCAAAGCCCACUAAGAAGCCAACGCCCCCUCCAAAGGGAUCUCUGGCCUCCUUCCUGGACUACUUUGAGAACAGGAGGCGGCUGCUGCUGAUUACAUCCCCCAGUGAGGAGAACAGUAUGUAUGUUCAGCAGAGGGACGAGUACCUGGAGUCUGUGUGUGAAAUGGCCAUCAGGAAAGUUUCUAUCAUCACCAUCUUCGGCUCAUUGACCAACUCCACCAUGAAAAUUGACCAUUACCAGCUGGAAAAUGACAAGCCCAUGAAGGGUCUUCGUCAGGAGGACCUGGUGAACCAGGAUCUGAUCACAGAGCUGAGGAAAGAGUUUAGCAUGACACAUGAUGACUUCUACAUGGUCCUCACCGACACAGACAUUAGAGUCAAGCAAUCCUAUGAGGUUCCCAUCGCCAUGAAGGCUGUACUUGACUACAUUGACACCUUCUCCUCCCGUAUCCGAGAGAUGGAGCAGCAGAAAAGAGAUGGGGUUGUCUGUAAGAAAGAGGAUAAGCCCAGAUCUUUAGAGAACUUCCUCUCCAGGUUCCGUUGGAGACGCCGCCUGUUCAUCAUCUCUGCCCCCAAUGACGAGGAAUGGGCCUAUCAGCAGCAGCUGUACGCCCUGACCAGCCAGGCCUGCAACCUUGGUCUGAGGCACAUCGCCAUUCUGAAGUUAGUCGGCACGGAGCCGCCGGAUAUGGGCGGAGUCUUGGAACUCUAUCCUAUCAAUGGAAGUGCUACUGUGGAGCGUGAAGGGCUGCCAGCCACCCUGGUGAAGGACAUGAGGAACUACUUCCAGAUCAGCCCAGAAUACUUCUCCAUGCUGCUGGUAGGGAAGGAUGGCAAUGUUAAGUCCUGGUACCCAUCACCCAUGUGGUCCAUGGCUAUCAUCUAUGACCUGGUAGACUCUAUGCAGCUACGCAGACAGGAGAUGGCCAUUCAGCAGUCACUGGGUAUGCGCUGCCCUGAGGAUGAGUAUGGUGGCUAUGGCUACCAUCAGCAUGGAUAUGAACACGGUUACCAGGAUGGCUAUCACCAGGGUUAUGGUUACUAACCUCACCCAGCUGGUUCUUAGCUCGUAACCUUUUUUUAAAAUGUUUUCUACAAAUCCUCCACCAGCCAGCUGGCUCACAUGGAGUGAGGAGUCCUUGAAUGUUUUGUAGCACUUAGUGGAAGCCUCAAAACUGUUGCUUUCACCUAUCCAGUUCUUUGAUAUAUAGCAUAGUAUGCUGCAAGUAAUGGUAUUUUGCAAGGGGUUUCAAUCAGAGCCGGUUAGUCAGUGUGUAGAUGAGCCAGAAGGGUUCAGGGAUCUGUUGUGUGUUAGUUUUUGUCAUGUGUCAUUUGAAACAAAGUGUUUUGCACGUUAUAUUAUCUGUCUCCUUCACAUGCCUUCCAGGUCAAAUUUACAUACUCAUGUUAUCAGCACAGACCUUUAUUUUGUAGAUAAUGCGCUAAAAUAAUACAUAUAUGUAUUUAUUGGACAUCUGUUGCAUUUGAGGUGGUUAUCGACUAUUGUAUGAAAAGAAGCUAUCACAUUAUUUCUCUUUUUGUAAAGUUUCUGUUGCUACACAAUGUUCUUAUUUAUACUCUUUUGUGCUACAUGACAAAUAAACAUUUGUUUACUAUCA